AGGAAGAACAACUUCGCCUGUGCUUGUGCCAUCAUAGCUUCCAUCAUCUCCAUCCUGAUGGGCUACGACACCGGGGUCAUGAGCGGCGCCAUGCUCUUCAUGGAGGAAGACCUCAAGAUCAAGGACGGUGAGGUGCAGAUGCUCGCCGGAAUAAUGAACAUAUGCGCGUUGGUCGGGUCGUUGACCGCCGGGCGGGUCUCGGACUCGAUCGGACGGCGCUACACCAUCGUCUUGGCCUCCCUCAUCUUCCUUCUCGGCUCGAUCUUGAUGGGGUUGGGACUCGACUACGCGAUGCUGUUCUCCGGGCGGUGCAUCGCGGGCGUCGGAGUCGGCUACGCACUGAUGGUCGCCCCGGUGUACUCCGCGGAGAUCGCCUCGCCCUCCACCCGGGGCUUCAUCACCUCCCUCCCGGAGAUCUGCAUCAGCUUCGGCAUCUUGCUCGGUUACGUCUCCAACUACAGCCUCUCGAAGCUGCCGCUGAUGUACGGAUGGCGCUUGAUGCUGGGCAUCGCGGCCGUGCCGUCCGUCGUGCUGGCUAUCGCCAUCCUGGCCAUGCCGGAGUCGCCACGGUGGCUGGUCAUGCACGGCCGCAUCAAGGACGCCAAGGACGUGCUGGUACGGGUGUCGAAUACGAGGGAGGAGGCGGAGUUGCGGCUGCGGGACAUCAAGGCGGCCGCGGGGAUCGACGGCGGCUGCACCGAUGAUGUCGUCCACACCAGCAGCGAGCACCGCGGGAAGGGCGUGUGGAAGGACCUGCUGCUCCGGCCGACACUCCCGGUGAGGCGCAUCCUGAUCGCCGCCGUCGGGAUCCACUUCUUCGACCACGCGACGGGGAUCGAGGCGGUGGUGCUCUACAGCCCGCGCAUCUUCAGGAAGGCGGGGAUCAGCCGCAGGGGCAAGCUCCUUUUUGUCACCAUGGGAGUGGUGGUGACCAAGACCGUCUUCAUCUUCAUUGCCACCUUCCUGAUGGAAAAGGUAGGGAGGCGACCGCUACUGCUGACUAGCUUGGCGGGGAUGCUGGUGUUCCUCUCGGGCAUGGGGUUCGGGCUGACCAUGGUAGAGCACAGCGAGGAGCGGUCGGCUUGGGCCAUCGCCGUGGUCAUCGCCUCCGUGUUCAUGUUCGUGGCUUUCUUCUCCAGCGUCCUGGGGGUGGUGACAUGGGUCUACAGCUCGGAGAUCUUUCCGCUAAGGUUGAGGGCGCAGGGGGCAAGCUUGGGGGUGGCGGUGAACAGGCUGAUGAACGGAGUAAUCUCCAUGACCUUCAUAUCGCUGUACAAGGCCAUCACCAUAGGAGGGGCCUUCUUCUUGUAUGCAGGCAUGGCGAUCCUGGCUUGGAUCUUCUGCUUCUGCUGCUGCCCUGAGACGAAAGGCAGGUCUCUGGAGGAGAUGGAGGAGGUCUUCUGCAGGGGGUGGAGUGAGAGGGCAGAAGUCAGGGCAGCUGUUGAGAUGAGAGCGGAAGCUGGCAUGGGAGAUGCACCUCUGCCAAAAAAUGAUCAGUCUAAAGGAUUAGGUCGUGCAUAA